AUGAAAUUAUGUGAAAAGGAGGAAGCACCAAAGCAAAUCAACGAGUCGACCACAGACGCAGGAACCCCGGGGGCCCCUGAGGGAGAAGGGGGCCCCCCAGCCCCAGCCCCCAACCUCACCAGUAACCGACGACUGCAGCAGACGCAGGCACAGGUGGACGAGGUAGUGGACAUCAUGCGUGUGAACGUGGACAAGGUGUUGGAGAGGGAUCAGAGACUGUCGGAGCUGGACGACAGGGCCGAUGCUUUGCAGGCCGGGGCCUCACAGUUUGAGAGCAGUGCUGCCAAGCUUAAGAACAAGUACUGGUGGAAAAACCUCAAGAUGAUGAUUAUAAUGGCAAUCAUAGGAGUCAUAUGUGUUGGAGUUGUUCUCUUCUUAUUAUUGGUGUCCUUUAAGCUACGACCUGAAGAUCACUGA